AAAAAAUAUUAAUUUAUAAGCAGAUAUUUAUAUUUUAUCAAAUAUUUUCGAGUGAGCGCAAUUGUAAGAUAUCCAAAUAAUCAAAUGUGAUGACGUGUAUGUUAAAUGUGUUGGAGCUCCACGUUUGUGAGCGUGGAUGAUGUAAAUAUGUAAUCAUUGCGCCGGCGUAAAAAAUAAUAACUCUUAAAAAAUGAUAGUAUGAAAUUUUAUUAUGAUAUAACAGACAAUUGAACCCUUGAAUAAAAAAUAAUAAAACUAUCGCAACAAUGUGUUGACGAUAACCAGCUUUUAUCAUUAUCACCAUGUUGACGUUUUAUCUUAUCAAAUAAUGCUUGAUAAAAUUCGAGCUCUACAAGGCCAAAGCACCGAUGAAUCACAGAGGAUGGUCAAUUAGACACGGAGGACUAUUCAGAUCUGAUAAGCCGACAGAUAAUUAAAUGCCACGCGGAGUAUUUCGAGCGUAGCGUAAAUGAAUAGAGUAAAAAAUGUUUUGCUGGCGUAUUAAAACAAGAGACUGGCAACAAAAUAAAAAAAGUAAUAAUAAUAAACGAAAAGCUGGAUACGGAAAUGCGAGUGGAUCAGAGAAAUCGUCGAGAGAUUUUUCGAGCAAUUGUGAAAGUGAACGGAUGGGUCAACGAUCUGAUGUGAAAGAUCAGUGUUGCAAGAGUGGUAGAACAAGACAGAACCAGAACCAGCAGCGCAACCACCACUACCACCAACGACAGCCUAGUACGAUAAUGAAAUAUUUUUUAAAUGUCAAGUUCCUUAUUCUCUUUGGCCUAGCGAGAGAGUUUCGUUCAGUUUAUAACAAUAUUGUAUGCCGAUACCAUAACUCGAUUCCGAUACUCCCACCAUUUUAAUAUAUACACCGCAACUUUUAAGACAACUCUCUUAACUACACUUACUUUUAACUCAGUUGUAUUGGACCUUUUCAGGUAUAAACUCGUUGCAAUAACUCUAUAUACUCUGUACAGAUCAGUACUCCUAAAUCUUAAAGGUCUAACUUUUACACUUACUUAAUAUUUUUUUAUUUCGUGUGAUUGACAAUAACUGAACAUGGAUGAAGAGACUAUUCGUGCUCAGCUAAAUAAAUACAACCAAAGUCAUCUGUUGAAUUUUUGGAAUGAGCUGACAGAAGAUCAGCGUGCUCAUUUGAUGGACGAUAUUUUGGAAUUUAAUUUAUCAGAGGUUACUUCCUACUUUAAAAGAGCUACCGAGUCUUCGGAAAAUAAUAAUAAAUUAUUGGACGACCGAAUCCAGCCGAUAGAAGAUGAAGCGAUUGCCUCGGCUUCCAGUUGUGAAAGUGCUCUUCUGAAAAAAUAUCAAGACAUCGGGCUUCGUGAAAUAGCUGCCGGACGGGUUGGUGUUCUUGUUCUGGCUGGUGGUCAAGGCACCAGGCUGGGUGUCACUAGUCCUAAGGGAAUGUACGAUGUUGGACUCCCAUCACACAAGAGCUUGUUUCAGUUGCAAGCUGAAAAAAUUAAGCGAUUAGAGAGUAUGGCUGAAGAAAAGUACGGAAAAUGUCAAGGGAUCACUUUGUAUUUGAUGACAAGCGAAGCCACUCACGAGUCAACGCUUGAAUAUUUCAAGGAGAACAAUUAUUUUGGAUUGAAUAAAAAUAAUGUCAAAGCUUUCAAGCAGGGAAUGAUACCUUGCUUUGGAUUCGAUGGAAAAAUAUUGUUGGAUGAAAAGCACGCGCUGUCAAAAGCCCCCGAUGGUAAUGGCGGGCUUUAUCGCGCGUUAAAAGUACAGGGAAUACUCCAAGAUAUGGCUGAGCGCGGUAUUAACAGUGUACACGCUCAUUCUGUUGAUAAUAUUUUGAUAAAAGUCGCGGAUCCUGUUUUCAUUGGCUAUUGCGUUGAUAAAGAAGCCGACUGCGGAGUUAAAGUUGUUGACAAAGCUGACCCCAGUGAAGCUGUUGGAGUUGUUUGUCAGGUUGAUGGCAAGUAUCAAGUGGUCGAGUACAGUGAAAUUUCUAAAAAAACCUCAGAGUUAAGACGUCCUAAUGGCAAGCUUGUUUUCAACGCUGGUAACAUCUGUAAUCAUUACUUCACGCUCGAUUUCUUCCGUAAUAUAGCGGAUUAUCAUGAAGAGGAAUUACCACUUCACGUUGCAAAGAAAAAAAUUCCUUACACAGACAGUAAUGGCGUGAGACAUAAACCGAGCAGUCCUAAUGGGAUUAAGAUUGAAAAAUUCAUUUUCGACGUGAUCAGAUUUUCUAAAAAGUUUGCAGCUUGGGAAGCGCCGCGAGAAGCUGAAUUUAGUCCGUUGAAAAAUGCUGAUUCUGCUGGUCAGGAUUGCCCGUCAACAGCACGUCGUCAUUUACUAGCGCUUCACAAAACGUGGCUUUUAAAUGCCGGAGCUAAGUCUGUACAAGGGGACGUUGAAAUUUCACCGUUACUGUCUUACGCUGGUGAAAAUUUAAAAGACAUCCCCGAAAUUAUACAGGGGCCAAAAGUAUUUGAAUAGUUAUAUAUACAUAUAUUAUUGUAUAAAUAAAUUUAUAAAUAUUAUUUCGAGGUGUAGAAUUUUUUAUAUGAUAUUAUAGAGUAAUUAAUUGGUGAUAUUUACUUAUUGACGAGAUAAUUUUACAAGUGUAGACUAAUGUGCUAAUCAAUUUA